CGACCCCCUGCGCCUCCCGUGUCCCGCAGAUCCGUCGGUGAGGAGGCAUGGAGCGGCCGGAGAAGCCUGUGCUCGGGGAGAUGAAGCAGCUCUGCAGGAGAAUACAAGAGGCCUGCAGCGAGCUGAAGGAGGACCUGACGCCCUACAAGAUCGAGCGCUUCUACAGGUUGGCACCCAUGCGUCUAUACACUCUCUCUAAGAGGCACUUCGUUCUGGUGUUCGUGGUUUUCUUCUUCUGCUUCGGCGUCUCCACUCUCAUCGGUGUGUCAGGACCGAAGAUCAUCAGUGAGAAUUAUUACAACGGUUUAAGCGUCAGCGCCAAUGGAUCAAAGACCGGCCCUUUCGACCUCAGAUCUCAGCCGCUGUCCAACUACAACCAGCAGCUCUGGCUCACGUGCAUCAUUCAGCUGGACAGCAACAUUGCAGAUUUGAGUUUGAGGGAGUUUGGGAUGAACGUGGAGCUGCAGGGUGUGAUGCAGGACGCCAGCGUGAUGCGCAUCAGCAACAACAUGCACAACAAGAACCGAAGCCUGCACUGCACCGCCCAUCAGCAGGCGUGUGACGAGAUCAUCGUGCUGCAUCUGGGAUAUCUGAACUACACUCAGUACAAGAUCAACGUCAGCUUCAGGAACCUGCAGGACAGAAUCAGAAACGUGACUUUUGUGUUUAAGAUGUACAACGCCACGUUCUCUCAGGUGGAGAUCUGGUUCCGCUUCGUGUUUGUGGUGAUGACCUUCAUCGUGACCUGUGUGUUCGCUCACUCCUUGCGCAAGUUCUCCAUGAGGGACUGGGGCGUGGAGCAGAAGUGGAUGUCUGUUCUGCUGCCGCUGCUGCUGCUGUAUAACGAUCCGUUCUUCCCGCUGUCGUUCCUGGUGAACAGCUGGUUUCCGGGAACGCUGGACGCGUUCUUCCAGGCUCUGUUCCUGUGUGCACUGCUGCUCUUCUGGCUGUGUGUGUAUCACGGGCUCCGAGUGCAGGCAGACCGGAGGCUCCUCACCUUCUACCUGCCCAAGCUGCUGAUCGUGGGGCUGCUGUGGCUCUCGGCCGUCACGCUGGGAAUCUGGCAAACGGUGAAUGAGCUGCAGGAUCCCACGUAUCAGUACAAAGUGGACAUCCAGAACUUCCAGGGCAUGAAGAUCUUCUUUCUGCUGCUGGUGGCUGUGUAUGUGCUGUAUCUGCUGUUUCUGGUGCUGCGCGCCUGCUCCGAGCUCAAGAACACACCCUACACAGGUAACACACACACACACUCACACACACACACUCUCACAUCUGUACUUGGUUCUCCUGAGUGUGUCUCUGCACCCGCGGAGUUUCUGUCCUUCUACGGUCUGCUGAACUUCUAUCUCUACACGCUAGCCUUCGUCUACUCGCCCUCCACAAGCACUCUGUACGACUCGCAGCUGAAGGACAACCCUGCCUUCUCCAUGCUCAACGACUCGGACGAUGACGUCAUUUACGGGAGCGAUUAUGAGGAAACGCCUCUCCAGAACGGCCGCGCCAUCAAAGCCAGCGCCAAAUACCAGGAUGAGAGCGGGAGCGACUGAAAGCGGAGUGACUCCGGAUCGCUGGCGUGUGUGUAAAGCUACAGUGGCGUGUGUUUGAGUGUCAGCGAAGGGCAGCAUUAGAUCUGAGCUGCGGCUGAUGAUCAGUGUUCAGACUCUAUCAGGAUGAAUGUCACGGUUCACCUGCAAAUUAAAAGGAGAAAAAUGAAUCAUGUAUAUUUUCCUGAAGCUGAUGUUUAAAGCACAUUUAACUCCUGAAAUGAUGAAAACCACACGAUGAGUUUACCUUAAAUUCAGUAACACCGAGUACAUUGAUGUUUAGUUUUACAAAAUGUAUUUAGGUGUAAACAUAUAAAAAAAAUUAUGUAG